AUGGCUUUGAAGGAUUCAAAGUUGUACCAGCAAAUACAGUUAACGAAAUGGUAUGAUCCACAUGAUGUUUCUGGUCUUUUAUUAGUGUUAUUCUAUGCGUUGGGUACGAUUGAUAUUGACCCUGAAAUACUUCUCCGUGUACUAGAUCCCACAGGUAUAGGAGCGAUCCACAACUAUGAUAAGAACUUAGAUUUACAUUUAACUGUUAAAUUGCCAACUUUAGAAGCAUUGGUUGAAUUUUUACUUGAAGCAGAUGAGGAGAAUGCUGCUUUAACGCUAGUAACAGCGUUAGAUCAAAUUCCUAGUAUUCAUGGAUUGAUUCAAUUGAGUAUAUUUUUUAAAACAAGAAUUGUGAUAGAUUCUAUGAGGGAUAUACCAGAUCCAUAUUUCAAAAGAGGUAUUAGUAAGAAAUCAAUCUUUUAUGUUUUAUUGUCAAAGAAGUUUCGAAGUUUUAACGAUGUUUAUUUAAGUGGUGAUAUGAAUCAGAAAUGGAAGGAAAUUAAGAGCUAUAGGUCUGAAUUUAAAACUUGCGAAAUUUGGGAUAAAAUUAAGUCCAAACUUCCCGCUAAAAUUACCUUUUUAACUAAAGUUUUUAACGAAUCUGAAGAAAAUGCAUUGCCGCUCCCUGUUAUACGAGUUCCAGAAUCCAUACAAGCUGCUGAAGUGUACCCCUGGCUUAUAACUACACGUGAGCGAUAUGAACAGAUCGUUAAUAUGGAAUUAACUAAAAUUAACACAUAUACUCCUCCAGAUUUAACUAUUCCGGAAGGUUUGGUACGCUAUACUAGCUUGCAUCAAAAAACUACGUUUCCUAGUGUGCUAAUGGUGCAAUAUACCAUUGCCCUCUUGAAUAAAAAUUACCAGGAGAGCCAGGAUUUACUAUUUCGAAUAUUUGAUUAUGCAGGCUCGAGCUUUGAAACUUCACAGGCGUAUGAUUCCGCGAGCGGGCCGUUAUUUAACUCAUUUAUGCUAAGUCAUUUAUUUCGCGCUUGUGGUACCCCUCAAGCUGCUGUGAAGAGAAUUGAAAAUGUGGUAAAGUUAGUCAGAGAACAUGGAUCUCUGACUGGGGUUCAACCAAUGCUAUAUUCUUUGUUUACCUUCUUAAAAGAUUAUCCCCAUUUAUCUGAUAACCUACAGUCAGCUGUGAGUCAAUUAAAGAAGUACUUUGAAAAUACCGCCAGGAAUUCGCUAAACAGCAUCAAAUUUCUCUAUGCAAUUGAGUCACUAAUGCAAUUGAGUCGAGAUGCUUAUAUUCCCCAAGCUUUGGAAAAUGCUUACAAAACUCGAAUGCUAUGUAUGCUAGAUGAUAAAAGUAGACAACAUGAGAACGUUGAUCCAUUAAUAAAUACUAUAGAGAUUUGGGAUAAAAUUGGGAUAAAGGAAAUUGCUCCGUGUUAUUCGAUAUACACUACAAGAGCUCGUGAUUAUUCUGAUUAUCGCGGCACCUAUAAUGAAGUUUCAAAAGCCUUGAAGGAUGGUAAUGAUGCGCCAUUGUAUUCCUGCAAUACCACUUCUUGGCCAUAUAAUGAGCAACAAAAGAUCAAAAGAUUGAGGAUUCAGUAUAUGAGGCGGAUCGGGGAAUUGGACGAGGCUAUGAUGUUAGUAAACCGAUAUGUUGAAGAUACUAGGUCUAAAAUACCCGACAAAUAUUGGGAAUUUAAAUUCAUGCAAGAAAAAGUAUAUCUAUUGUUUUCUUGUGGAAUGGCUGCACGAUCUAUCAUGUUUAUUAUGGAUAUGAUUAAUUCUGCUGAUAAAUGCAAAAACCCAUAUCAACUCGCACAAUGUUUUGUAUUGUUAUCAACAGCACUAGUUACCUUACGAAAAUACGACGUUGCGAUUCAGUUGAUGAAGGGCAACAUGCAUACAGUUUUUCAAUUUAACCACAAGGAGUUAGAGAAGAAAUUCCUUGGCAUCUACAUUGAAGCUAUGAAACACGUUGAUCCACCUUCUAAGGGCGCAACGGUAGAACAGCUAGUAACCCUUUGGAAUAGGCACUAUGAUAACAGUCAAUCAACUAAAUAG